AUGGCAAGUUCACGAGCACCGGAAAAGGACAACACACGCUUCCCUCCCCUUUUCAUCCAAUCCAACCUCUGGGCAACCUCCUACAAGUCUACCUGGUCCUUGCCAGAUAAUGGCAUCUUGCACGCCAGGGACCUUGCCGUUCUGCAGCACCUUAACUGCUCCUACUUCUCUUCCGGUAGCCCUCCUACCCUUCUCGUCCUCAAAAGACACGCCCACUCGCUCGUCAAUAUCAUCCGCAGACUCGUUCCGACCACAAACUUUGGCCCUGUGGGAUCAACUGAGAUCGACGAGGAAGACAGGGGCUACUGGUUUGAGCAGCAUGAGGCGCUUGACUGGCUGAAUAACCUCGAGGAGCCCUACGAUAACGACGAUCCCGCGCAUCAUGAACCACUUUGGGCUUUGCACAAUACUGUCAAGUCGGAGUCAGAGUUGAGUGGCAUUGAACACCAUUGUCCCUUGACUCAAGUUAAGGAUAGUGGACCUUCGGCCAAGAGGGGAGGCCUGCGUCGUCCUUACAUGACACACCACGAUCUUAUCAUGCAUGCCAACGAAUGUCUUGAAAUCAUCGAUCAUGAGUACUCUGCUACGGGUGGCCUCAUGUCCAUUCUCCCCACUGGCUUCGAAGACCCUAAAGAUGUGAAAACGCGAGCCAUGACUGACUCGCAACUUGAAGGCGCUCGAAACAGUCUCCUCGGCCAAUGGAUCCUUCACGACCAGCAUCUUGUCGGCCGCAUGCACGAACUCGAGAUCAACUACGCCAAUGCCAUCGACAUCCUUUCAUCACGAGCUCUUAUCCCAUUGCAUAUGAAAGGCCGCUCCGGUCCCGACGGCGUCUCAGGAGGUCGAGAGAUUGCCUACCCGCAGGACAAGUACGUCCUCGUCAAUGCAGGCGAAGACAUCAGGGACUACAUCCACCGCCAGCUCGACGCGGCCGAAGCUCAGGUCGAGCAGAAGGAAAAGCUCUGGAAAGCGAGCGGUGUAAGCGGCGAGCGUAUGUGGUAUGAAGAGCGAGGAGGAAAAGUCUACUCCAAGGGUAUCGUGCCCAUUGACCUUCAGACUCGAUUCUACCGCAUCAAGGGCAAGGGGAAACAGUCUCCUCUUUUCGUCAUGCCAGCAGCUGCCCAGCACCCCGGUGUAGAGUACACACGCCUUAUGGAGAACAGGCCUACGGUAGUAUCGGUCGUGACUCCGACUUGGCCGGAGCGUGUGUCUGUCUUGGAGUCCAGGUAUAAAGAGCCCCUGGAUCGGGCGGCGAAGCUGGACACGGAGAACCAGGCAUUGGUCCGUGAGAUGGCUGAGAUGAAGGAUGUUAUGGCUAUCAAGGAUGCAGAGAUCGAGCGCAUGCGUGAACACUUGACCUGGUACGAACAGAAUGCGGAAAUUCUUGAGGAAUCAGAGGAUUAA